AUGAUUAAAUCAUCGCUCCUCCUCGUCAUAACGAUAAUCAGCUGUGACAUUUUUCUAUGCUCAAGUGGUAAGGUUGCCUAUCUUAAGGAUUAUCAAGUUCCUAAGUUUACUUCUUAUUCUAAAGCACUGUUCAAUUCUUCCAAUCAGCAUAGCAACGUUUAUCAGUUUGAAUUGCAAGUCGAAGCUUAUAAUCGAGUAUUUAAGUUAGUCUUACAUAGUCAGUCACUACUAUUUCAUUCUGAUUUAGUAUUAGAAUUUGAUCCUAGCACCAUAGCUUCCUUUGAUCGAUCACAUUUUGUAUAUGGCUCAAUCCAAUCACAUCCUGAAACGGAAGCAUUUGGAUACAUCUAUAAUUCUGGUCAGUUUCAAGGCGUCUUCACUCUUGAUCGUGUUAAAUACUACGUCGAAUACGCAAAAUUCUUUCCUUCAUUAGCAAGCAACGGUAAUCAGUUCAUCAUCUAUCGCAACAUCGAUAUUAGUUCACGCUUUCGAGCUUCUAGGGAUGUUCAAUCUUCCGACAGAUGGUUACAUGAUCCGUUAUUUUCAUCUUUUGCAUCUUACAAUCAUCAUUUAAAUACGAGGCAAGCUAGACAGCAGAAUCAUAAUUUUAACAAUAUCAAUAAUACCUGUUUGGCACGUAUUGAUAUUGAUCGGCAUGUUCUUCAACGCUAUGGCGAUCCAUUUCAUGCUCUUAUUGGUAUUUCGGUAUUACUGCAAGGCGUUAAUCAAAUCUUCAGGAAGACUGACUUUAAUGGCGAUGGACAAGCCGACAGCAUUGGCAUUGCUAUCCAAUCUAUUUCAGCAAAAACGAAUUUUAGUCGGUUGGAUCCGAUAGCGAAUCCAACAUAUUACUUCAAUAAUUGGACGGCCUAUUAUAACUACAGUCAAUACUGUAUGGGAUUUCUAUUCAUAGAUCAUCAUUUCAAGCAGCAAGUGACAGGAAUUGCAAAUAGUGGCUACAAAAUUGACGAAGGAAUCUGUACUAAAUAUCAUUAUGAAGACAAUGGAGUUCUGUCCAGUUCUAACGUAGGUUUAUUAUCAGUGUCUCGACUAAGUAAAACUUUAAUCUAUCCUUUACGUGAAAUGAUUGCAGCCCACGAAAUUGGCCAUAUAUUUGGUUCUAAACACGAUAACUUUACCAAGUUAUGUUCACCGACUGGCGAAAAAGGGUUUUAUCUUAUGCAUGCAGCAGUUUCUAGUGGGGAAAAAAUGAAUAAUUAUUUAUUUUCUCCGUGUAGUCGACAAGCAAUUUAUCAUUCCAUCGUCACAAAAGGUUGGAAUAAGCAGCGUGGGUGCUUAAUUAAUCAGCAUUAUCCAAUAUGCGGUAACGGAAUUAUAGAUGAAGGAGAAGAAUGCGAUUGCGGAUAUCAAAGCAAUUGUAAUGAUUCUUGCUGCACUCCAGCUUUUCAUAGUUUUAUGGAUAUGUCUGGCAACGCACCUUGUCGGAGAAUCCCUAAUUGCAAUCAAUCCAAUCAAUUUGCUAUAAUAUAUGUUGUUGCGGGUUUAAUUGGCACAUUAAUCAUUAGUGUAUUUUUUACUGUUGUCUGGAAGCAGUGCAUUCGAAAAUCAAAAACAACUAAUAAUCAGCAGUUAAUGGAUUUAAUUUCCUAA